UUCUAACGAUACAAUUAGUGACCAAUCAAAAGUGUCACCUAAGACAACAAAUAUAAAUAAAGGAUCCCUUCCAGCGAUUCUCCAUACCAUUCCUUCCUGUCAACAACGCAUUUCCUUCAUACUUCAAGACAGAAAGACUCUAUCAAUGGCUGUAAAAAUCUAUAUUAUUUACUACUCCAUGUAUGGACAUGUUGCACGGUUAGCUGAAGAAAUUAAGAAAGGAGCUGAUUCUGUAGAAGGAGUAGAAGUUAAGCUAUGGCAGGUACCUGAAACACUGCCAGAAGAAGUUCUUGGAAAGAUGGGUGCACCACCAAAGAGUGAUGUCCCAAUUAUUACACCCAGUGAUCUUGCUGAGGCUGAUGGGUUUCUUCUUGGUUUCCCCACUAGAUUUGGAAUGAUGGCCGCACAAUUUAAAGCUUUUAUGGAUUCAACUGGUGGCCUAUGGGGCACACAACAGCUUGCAGGCAAGCCUGCUGGAAUUUUUUACAGCACUGCAUCGCAGGGAGGUGGACAGGAGACAACCGCUUUGACUGCUAUCACCCAGCUCGUUCACCAUGGAAUGAUCUUUGUGCCAAUUGGAUACACAUUUGGAGCCGGCAUGUUUGAAAUUGAGAAAGUGAAGGGUGGCAGUCCAUAUGGUGCAGGUACCUAUGCUGGGGAUGGCACCAGACAGCCUACUGAGCUGGAGCUAGGACAAGCUCUCCACCAGGGGAAGUACUUUGCUGGCAUUGCAAAGAAAUUCAAGGGAACUGCUUAAUUUAACUCCAGCAAUUGUAUUCCCUUCCUAGAAAUUUCAGUCUUAUGUUUACCUGAUGAAUAAUGUGCUUCUUCUGGUUAUAUUUGGCGCAAACUUAUGUUUUAUUCCUUUAUAACUAAGGCUUCUUGUAGCGAUGAAAAUUUUUUCAUGCAUUUAGUGUGAGAAUUCAUUUUGAAGCUUCA